AGUGAGACCGGUGCUCCUGUGAAUGGUCGUCUCGACCAUUCUUAUGUGUGCAUCUUCAUCUCUUUUUUUUUAUUUUUCCAAAAACAAAAAAAAAAUUUUCUUCUUUAAAUUUAAGUUAAAAUUAAAAUAAAAAUAAAUUAAUUUUCCUCUAAUUGUAAAUUUACGCGGUUUUUUUUUUUUAAUUAAUUAGUGUUGAAACUUUUAGUGAUAGUGAAAAUUGAAGGGGAAAAAAAAAACAAAAAGCAGUGUUUAUGUGUUCUUCAAGUUGUGAUUAAUUUUUUUUUUUUUUUUUUUUUUUUUUUUUUAUUAGUUUUAUAAUAGAAAAAGUUUUUUAUUUUCCCAAAAAAAAAGGGGUUGUCGGGAUGCACGGCGUCGCUACGUUCAUCCUCUUGGGGAUGAUUAUCACUCUUUCCGGUUCCAAUAUUGCGCCGGAUGAAGUUCUUACAACACAUUUGGAGAAUGCACUGCAGGACGAUAAUUUUGCAAUUUCUAUAAAUCACAUUAGGCCUAAGAAAAAGCAAGUAGGUGGAGGAGACGAAAUUUUACUCGCAGCUGAAUUCUCCAAGUCUAGAAAUAAAUUUGUACUUAUGCUUGACAGGCACACCAAAAGAGUGAUUCUUGAAACCGUGGAAAAUGGUCGUCAACGAUCGGAACAUUUGAUGAUUGACACAUUGGAUGUAAUUGAACCUGUCAAAAGUCUCGUUGUAAUUGUUCGUCAAAAUCAUCCGGCGCAUCUUGAAAUUUACAUUGAUUGUCUUUAUCAAGGAGAAAUUCCCAUUAAAAAAACCAUUAAAGAAAUGUCAGAACAUGAGGAUUCGUCCCAAUUGCGAGUGUUUAAGGACCGAAGAUGUAGAAUAAAAAUUCACAAAUCAGGAAAUGUGGAAAAUAUUUUGCGUGGUGAAAAUUGUCCAACAAGUCUUGUUGAUGUUUUUGAUGAUCUCAAAGAGCAAGAAUCGACUCAAGUUGAACGAGUUCGAAGAGAUCGAGGAGAUAUUCCCGCUCCUGUUUAUAUUAGCUCGUCAGAAUGUAUUGGUCAUGGAGAAUUGGCUGAUGUUAUAAAUCGUUUAGUGAAAAAUGUCAUUGCAAUACGUGACGAACUCAAAAUAAACAUGGAAGAAACACGAGCUGUUCGAAAUCUUUUGGAUACUUGUCUUGCCUGCAAAGUUCCAGCGCAACCUAUAAUUGAUCCCUGUACCAAUUACUGUUAUCCUGGUGUUCGUUGCUCCAAGAAUCAAUAUGGUGAGCCACAAUGCGGUCCAUGUCCCGAUAGAUACAGUGGAGAUGGACGAAGAUGCGUCAGAUUACCUUCAUGUGCUGAUAAUCCUUGUUCUGAUGUUGUUCAAUGUUACGAUGUACCCGAAGGAUACAGAUGUGGUCCAUGUCCAAGAGGUUACACUGGUGAUGGAAGACAAUGUUCACGUGUUCGUACGGGCUGUGAUUUAAAACCAUGUUAUUCAUCGGUAAAAUGCUAUAACAGAGAUUCAUAUCCAUAUUUCUCAUGUGGCGCUUGUCCUCAUCCUAUGCAUGGAAAUGGAACUCAUUGCUCUCUUGAUCUUUGCGAUCUUGAAAGACCCUGCUCAUCAUUGGCGUCAUGUCACAAUGUUGAUUCCGGAUUCAGAUGCGGUCCAUGUCCAGAGGGAUAUACAGGAAAUCAACCACACGGUUCAAGUGUUGAUGACGCGCGAAGAAAUAAACAAAUUUGCGAACGAAUAACCGAGAGCUGUAACGAUGGAAGAAAUGGAGGCUGUGUACCAAAUUCACGCUGCUAUGACUCCGAGGGGUCAGUUAGAUGCGGACCUUGCAGAGAAGGUUUCAUUGGGAAUCAAACUGUUGGAUGUCAUUUGGCAGCUGGAUUGUGCGAAGACAUGGUUACCAGAUGUGACGGUCAUGCCAAAUGUGAAUGUGUUGGCGUCAAUCAAUAUAUAUGCAGGUGCAACAUUGGCUGGGCGGGAAAUGGACACGUUUGCGGAUUGGACACGGACAACGAUGGAUAUCCAGAUUAUAAUUUAGCGUGCAAUGAAGAGAGAUGUAGAGCCGAUAAUUGUCCGCUAACAUCGAAUAGUGGCCAAGAGGACGUGGAUGAAGAUGGUGAGGGUGACGCGUGCGACAGUGACGCCGAUAAUGAUCAAAUUGGAAAUUUAGUCGAUAAUUGUCCACAUCAUGCAAAUCCCGAACAAGAGGACAAGGACGGCGAUGGAAUUGGUGAUAUUUGCGAUAAUUGUCCAUCGGUGCCAAAUGCAAAUCAAACGGACACUGAUAACGAUCGAAGAGGCGAUGCCUGCGACGAGGACAGCGAUAAUGACGGAAUUUUCGACGACGAGGACAAUUGUCCGCGUGUGAUGAAUCGUGAACAAGAGGACAGUGACAACGAUGGAAUUGGCGAUGCUUGUGAUAAUUGUAUUGAAUACGCUAAUCCAAGUCAAUUGGAUUCGGAUAACGAUGGAGUGGGCGAUAUUUGCGAUAAUAAUCGAGACGAGGAUCAAGAUGGUAUUCAAGAUGAUUUAGAUAAUUGUCCACAUGUUUCAAAUUCAGAUCAAAGGGAUAUUGAUGACGAUGGAAUUGGCGAUAGAUGUGAUGACGAUAUGGACGGCGAUGGAAUUCCAAAUGGACGCGAUAAUUGUGUAUUUGUCUAUAAUCCAAGUCAAAGGCGAACUCACAACGAUGUUUAUGGCGAUGAUUGCUGGAAUGAUAAUGACAAUGAUACGGUAAUUAACAGUAUGGACAAUUGUCCGAACAAUAGUGCAAUUUGGACAACAGAUUUUCGACAAUAUACCAAAGUUGUAUUGGAUCCAGAAGGUGAAUCACAAACGGAUCCCAAUUGGCAAAUUCAUCACAAUGGCUCUGAAAUUUUGCAAACUUUCAACAGUGAUCCCGGUCUUGCUGUCGGUAAGGACAGAUUUGACGGUGUUGAUUUUGAUGGUACAUUCUUUAUAAAUACACCAAUUGACGAUGAUUAUGUGGGUUUUGUAUUUUCCUAUCAAAAUUCACGUCGAUUUUACACGGUAAUGUGGAAAAAAGCAUCGCAAACAUAUUGGGAACCAGUGCCAUUUAGAGCAGUUGCCGAGCCGGGAAUACAAAUAAAAUUAGUAAAUUCAGAAACAGGACCAGGUAAAAUGUUACGCAACAGUUUAUGGAGAACUGGCGACACGGCAAAUCAAGUGAAAUUAUUAUGGAAAGAUCCAAGAAAUGUUGGAUGGAAAGAACAUACCGCCUAUCGUUGGCGUUUAAUUCAUAGGCCAAAAAUUGGUUUAAUUCGUUUAUGGAUAUAUGAAGGCGAUCGAUUGGUGGCUGAUUCGAAAAAUAUUUUCGAUAUGACACUAAAAGGUGGAAGUCUUGGUGUUUUAUGUUUCUCACAGGAAAUGAUUAUUUGGUCGAGUUUACAUUACAAAUGUCGAGAAGGAGUAUCGGAGGAAGUGUAUCGAGAACUUCCGGCGAGUGCACAAAAAUUAAUUCACAAAGAUAUUUAUUCGGACGGCGCUGGAUGGAUGCAGCAUUAAAAAAAAAAAUUAAUUUAUAAAUAUUUUCUUUUUUUGCGGAAUACUGAGGAAAAAAAAUGACGUGAAGGAGAAAUUUACCAGAUUUCCUGUCUAGAUUCUAGAAGCAGAAAAAAAAAUCGUAUUCUUUGCGGUAAUUUUUAAGAUUUUUUAAAACGAAAUGUGCAAAUCACGAAAAAAAAUUGUAUACUAAAAAAACAAAAAUGCAUUUAGAUUGUAAAUUUUAAAUAAAUAUGAAGGGAUAAAAUUGAAUAUAA